CAUAAAGUAUGUGUUCAUAUAAGACCGCAGAACAUUAACUGGCAAGAUUGGAAAUAUGCAGCUUACGUCAUUUCCAUCUGUUACAGUCGAAACAUGAAUCUUACCAGCGUUUUAGACGUAUUUUGAAGUGAAGGCCAAUUGUUCUUAAAAGAUACAGUAACCUGGAAAAGUCAUGAUAAAGAGCUUUAUUCUGGAUUCAAUGAUGCAUCUGAUGUGAUGGAGAUGAGCAAUUUUACACUGAAUUUAACAUUAAAUGUGUCGACGAAUACCACUGACCAUAAUUUUAAUCAAGAUCUACUCUUAAAUGGAUCAACACAGUUUCUGAAGUUCUUUACUUGGGAAGACUAUGACUCGCUUUCGCUCAGAUGGCUGGCUAUGUCCACUUUAAUCAUUGGAGCGUUUGGACUUACUGGAAAUUUUAUUGCUUUUGUCAAAAUUGUGUUCAGUAAGAAAUUACAUACGCCGACAUUUGCUGCCAUAGGAUGUUUAGCAUUACCUGAUCUUUUUAUGAUUAUACAUUGCUACAUCAUUAGCUUCACGAAUAUUGAAUCUUAUUUGCGCGAUAAAUUUUAUUUUGAUCAACAUCUCGUCUCAGUUUGUGAUUUUUAUGAUAGUUUGUUUUAUAUGACUUACUACUGUUCCCUUGGCCACGUGAUUUUUUUAUCCAUCGUGCGAUAUUUAUUAAUAACUGAUCCUCUAAGAAGUAAGAAUUAUCUUACGGUGUCUUUCGUCGCUCGAUAUUCAAUUAUUAUUUGGUGUAUUUCUUUUAUUUUAUCCAUCAGCACUGUGGCUCUUUUUAUGGUAGAUAUGAAUUUGACAAAAGAUGAAUCUUACCUGAUUUUGGCCAUCCUUCGAGCUAUAGUAGGGUUCAUUCCUAUUUGUAUCAUCAUUAUUUUGCAUUAUUUAAAACUGAAAACUCUCCGAAAUUCAACAGUAAAUGGUCAUGUUCAGAACAGAAUGAGUUUUAUCGUCGUUGUUAUUCUGUCUGUCUUUACUUCUUAUCAAAUCUUCGUAAUUUUCAAGCCCAUUUUAUGGGUACUUGACUUAAAAUUUAACAUAGCAAAGUCUGUUCAAAACACGUUUUAUUCCGUAUCGCAGCUUUUUGCAUUUUUGCAUUUUUCCUGCAAUCCAUAUAUCUAUUUCUUCAUUUCUGUUUUUGUUUCUAAUCCUAAACGUGAAUUAAGCACGCGACAUUACGCCAUCAAUGGUAAUCUAGAUAAGUCCAUAGACGUAUAAGAAAUAUCUUAUACCUCUAUGAUGUCUCAAUAGUCAAACAAUUAGCUAUACAUCAUU